AUGACUUCCACCAAGCGCGCUGACUUCGAGGCCGUCUUUCCUUCCUUGGCCCAGGAUAUCCUGGCCCAUGCGAAGCGGUACAACCUUCCCCAGAAUGCCCUUGAGUGGCUCGAGAAGGCCAUCAAUGUCAACGUUCCCGGUGGCAAGCUCAACCGUGGCCUCUCGGUCCCCGAUACCGGUGUUGCUCUCCUCCAAAAGCCCCUGACCGAGGAGCAAUUUGAGCACCUCAGCAUCCUGGGAUGGAUGACCGAAUUGCUCCAGGCAUUCUUUUUGGUCAGCGAUGACAUUAUGGACAGCUCUAUCACCCGCCGCGGCCAGCCCUGCUGGUACCGCCAGGACGGUGUUGGUCUGAUCGCCAUUAACGACGCCUUCAUGCUGGAGUCAGGCAUUUACCUGAUUCUCAAGCAGCGCUUCCGCUCUCACCCUGCUUACAUCGAUCUCGUUGAGCUCUUCCAUGAGACUACCUGGCAGACCGAGCUCGGUCAGCUCUGUGACCUCAUCACCGCCCCCGAAGACAACGUCGACCUCAACAACUUCUCCAUGGAGAAGUACAUGUUCAUUGUCACCUACAAGACUGCCUACUACAGCUUCUACCUCCCCGUUGCUCUCGCCCUUAUCUACCUGCAGGUCGCAACUGAGGAGAACCUCAAGCAGGCUCACGAUAUCCUCAUCCCUCUCGGUCAAUACUUCCAGAUCCAGGACGACUACCUUGACAACUUCGGUGACCCCGCCUUCAUUGGAAAGAUCGGUACCGAUAUCCAGGACAACAAGUGCUCUUGGCUCGUUAACCAGGCCAUCCAGCGCUGCACUCCUGAGCAGCGUGCACUCCUCGAUGCUUCUUACGGUCGUAAGGACGCGGCCGAGGAGGCCAAGGUCAAGGCCCUCUACAACGAGCUUGACCUGGAGAACGUUUACAAGCAGUACGAAGAGAAGGUCGUCGGUGAGCUGCGUGAGAAGAUCGCUGCUGUGGACGAGUCUAAGGGCCUGAAGAAGGAGGUGUUUGAGUCGUUCCUCGGAAAGAUCUACAAGCGCACUAAAUAG